ACUAUGGAGGUGAAGAAUGAGACAACAAUUCAGGAAUUCGUUCUGGAGGGGUUUCCUGCCAUCCAGCACCUGGGGAAGGUUCUCUUCCUGGUGCACCUGCUGGCGUACCUGGCCUCCAUCACGGGAAACAUGGUGAUAAUCACCAUCACCUGGGUUGACCAUCGCCUCCAGACGCCAAUGUAUAUUUUCCUCAGCACUUUCUCUUUCUGUGAAAGCUGUUUUAUCACCACAGUUAUUCCUACCCUGCUGUCCAUCUUUCUUUCAGGAAGGCAGACAAUUCCCUUUACUGCUUGUCUCACACAAGCCUUUGCUUUUCUAUUUCUUGGGUCAAUAAUUUUCUUCCUCAUGGCUGUGAUGUCCUUGGAUCGACACCUGGCCAUCUGCAAGCCUCUGCGCUACCCAACCGUCAUGAACUUGAGGGUUAGUUUCCUCCUGGUUUUCUUUUGCUAUAGUUUGUCCUUUAUCUUCAUCACUGGACUGCUGGUCCAGGUUUCCCAGUUAUCCUUCUGUGGCCCCAAUGUCAUCUCUCAUUUCUUCUGUGACCUUGGCUCCUUAAUUCACCUCUCCUGUUCUGACACCAGGUCUGUUGAAAUAUAUAUCUUCUUCCUUGCUUUACUUGUGAUUCUGAUAUCCCUCAUUUUAACCUUCAUUGCAUACAGCAACAUAAUAGUCACAAUCGUGCAUCUCCCGUCAGCCAAGGAGCGACAGAAAGCUUUUUCCACCUGCUUAUCUCACCUCAUUGUCCUCUCUCUGAUGUAUGGCAGCUGUGUCUUUACAUAUGUGAAACCAAAGCAAACGAACCGGCUGGAUUCGAACAGGGAGGCUGCCCUUGUGAACACGGUGGUGACCCCGCUGCUGAACCCUGUCAUCUACACUCUGCGAAACAAGCAGGUCCACCAGGCUCUGAGGGACACUCUGUCCAGGGUGAGACUGUAG